GGGAGUGAUAGUCGUGGAGCCUCGGAGAUGAGGUUAAAUAAUACAUCCAUGCGGAGAUGAGGUCCGCGCGUGUUGGUGCUCAGCUCCUGUCCACGCUGGCCAAGCUCCCCAGGCACGUGCCCGCCAGGCUCGUGUCCGUGACGCGGCAAGCUUCCACGGGAGCGCACAGCGGCGCGCGGCCGCCAGGAAAGCUGGUGCGGAAUGGAGAAAACAAGCAAACUGUGGUCUGUGUGGAGGGGAACAUUGCCAGUGGGAAAACAACUUGUCUGGAGUAUUUCAGCAAAACAAGUAACAUAGAGGUCGUUACAGAGCCAGUGUCUAAGUGGAGGAAUGUCCGCGGACACAACCCUCUGGCGCUGAUGUACCAGGACCCAGAGCGCUGGGGCAUCACUCUGCAGUCGUAUAUCCAGCUCACCAUGCUGGACAGGCACCUGUCGGCCCCCUCGACUUCAGUCAAGAUAACGGAGAGGUCCAUCUUCAGCGCCCAGUACAUCUUUGUGGAGAAUCUCUUCAGAAGUGGAAAAAUGCCAGAGGUGGACUACGCUGUUCUGGAUGAGUGGUUUGAUUGGAUCAUAACAAACAUCUCCAUCCCGGUUGACCUUAUUGUUUACCUGCAGACGUCUCCGCAGAUCUGCCAUGACCGGCUGAAGCAGCGAUGCAGAGAAGAGGAGAGCGUCAUUCCUCUGGAGUACCUGGAGUCCAUCCACCAGCUGUACGAGGACUGGCUGGUCCGGGGCAGCUCCUCACCGGUCCCUGCACCGGUACUGGUGAUUCCUGCUGACGGCGACCUGCAGACGAUGCUGCAGCAGUACGAGGAGCACCGGGACACCAUCCUGACCCCCCGCAGCCUCUGACCACGGCAGUUACCACUACUGCUCUCCUACCAGCCUUUUGUUACAACAUUCAUUUAAACUCAAUUUUAUUUAUUGUACAAGUUCAUACUUCUCAUGAACUAGUUCAAAGUUCAGUUCACAUAGUUUAAAAAUAAAUAGUUCACCAUUUUCACUUUGAACUAGUUCAAAUUCAGUUCAUUUCAAUAUCUCCAACAAUGUAGUCCAUUAUCAGUGUUUCUACCUGUUGCAGGUAAAUCCUCCCCCUGAAGGAGCAGCAGUGGGACUGGGGUCGUUUGGGUUGUUGGGUCUUCUUGGUCUUUCCUGAUAACUUUGUUUGAUUGUCAAGGACUUGCAGAUAUUUUCUCACGCUGGACGGAUGCUUUAACUCCACAUGACGUUUACAAUGUGAAGUUGACGGAGACGCUCGGACUUGUUUUCUCAGCGCAGGUGGACAUAAUUUACACAGAAAAAUUAUAUUUUUACCAUCAGACUCUUUGGGAGACGAUGUGUAAAAUUCCUGCAGAUAAUAAUAAGGAUCAUCAUCUGACGUCUCGCUGACGCUGCGUCUGCAUCGUCUCUCUCUUCACUGGUCAUGUAAAGACUGCACCGGGCUCGGGCCGCCGUUGCCAUGGAGCUGGAGCCCGUUGCUAUGCUAGUGUGUGCACUGCAUUGUGGGUAAUGUAGUGAGAAGUCGUCGUCGAGUAUUUUAAAUGUGGGCAGUGACAAUAUACAGCUGCUGCAGCAGUGCAUGUCUCAUAUCAGGAGAAGGAGGAUUAUUCCGUAAUUAGAAUCAGAAUCAGGUUUAUUGGCCACGUCAGGUCAAACAAGACAUGGAAUUUGACUCGGUUACUUUCGCUCACUGUACAGUAAAUAGGUAAAUGACAGCUCUUAUUAACAUAUAUACAAUUUUAAAAAAGUGAAAGGUGCAGCAGUAUGAGUUAGACAUGGUUAUUGAAAGGUACAUUGUUACAACAUAUGACUGUGAUUAUUAUUAUUAUUAUUAUUAUUAUUGCACAGUGAUUGAUUACUCUGAGACUGAGUGAUGAGAGUUCAUCAGAGCAACAGCUUGGGGGAAGAAACUGUCUCUAGUCUGGAGGUUUGGGUGAACAAGUUCACGUUCAAGUUCUUUAUUAGAAAAUAUGUUCAGCGUUCUCACAGAAAUGAACGUGUUCAAUGAACGCGUUCAUUUGAACUCGUUCAUGCACAACACUGCAUAUAGCGUCUAUUAUAACACAAGUUGUCUCCAGGAUCUUUCCAGAGACCAGAACAUAAACCCCCCAGCAACUGUUACAUAAACAAUGGCAGGUAAAAACUCCCCUGGUGGGAGAAAAACCUUCAAAAACUCCCCUUUAGGAGGAAGAAACCUGGACCAGGACCUGGAUCAUAAGGGGGUAGAAACCUGGACCCGGACCUGGAUCAUAAGGGGGGGACCCUCCUGCUGAAGACCAGCUAUAUACUGUAACUUCAACAUACCCCAUUUCCUGAACUGGGUUAAGUCAUUCAUGAGUUUUCAUCCAUAAUUCAGUGCUGACAUGUUCACAGUAGUUGCUGUUCAGUUGCUGAGUGAAAAAUACUCUUAAGACCAAAUGAACCAUUCCACUGUCAGCUUCCUUUAAAGGGUUCUACUUUUCUAAAUGAAAUGGCUUUUUGAAAAUGUAUUAAAGUGUUUUGUUCUAUACUGA